AUGAUCUCGGAUAUCAUUGAGACCAAGGAUUCAAUGAUCACCAUCACCAUGCGUAAGCAUCUGGAUGAAAAGUUAAAGCCAGUCUUCGCCAUGCUUCACCGCCUUGAAGGAAUUUAUAAUCAAUCCUUUCAUCCAAAACAAGGGGGAGAAAGAGUGGCUGGUGUAUCAAGAAAAAUAGGUCCUACUGCUCCUGUCAAGCCUAUUCUCAAAAACGAACCUAAAGGCAAGGAAAAGUUGUUUCGUGAUGACCCAAUUAUUGAGAAUGAAGACGAAUAA